AUGGAUACAGUGAAAUUAAUGGAGGAGCUGGAAGACUACAUGCCCGUCACGGAUGGUUGCACCGAUAGCGGAGGUACAUCUGAGCUCGACGAGAAAAUUUCAACUUCGGAGCCUGGUGAAGCUAUAUCACAUACACCUAAACCACCAAGCCGCGCAGUGGAUAUCAUAAACCUCCCGCAACCAAAACGCCGCGGCAAUUCCAGGGUGACGACGAAACAGCUUCGACAAACUACUUUAACUUCUGGACAACCCCGUUUAGCUGUUCACAAGUAUCCGAGUGGAUUGACAGUGACACUAGAUCAUUUCGUUCGCUGGGCAAGGAACACGCCAAAUUUGAAAUUCGUCAUGGAGACGCUAGCCAAGUACCCAGUCCAGCUUGAAGACCCAUACCUGAGAGUACGUACCAUUGAGUGUCGGUGGGAAGCCAAGCGGUCAACGGAUUAUAUGCACGCGUUCGCAAUUCCAGUAGAUCUCAGUCGGUCUCUCCAAGCAGCAGUCACGACAGCAUGGAAAGACCAGAACGCGCCUGAUCCACUGACCGAUACCGUGAAGAAACAUGGGGUCAGGCUCGAUAUUGUAGCUACUAUCGAUCCAAAACUCUGGAAGUUUAGCAGUCGGUUCGUCGGAGCUUUAACUACAUUCCACGCCAUCAAAGCAAAGUGCCAAGUGUGGGUCGAAGACCGAAAAUGGUUGGAGCAAGAUUGGAAAAAAAUCCCCUCGGAAGUGAGCCUGUUAUCAAAAGAGACAAAGACGCAAGGCUUGUCAAUCAUUGCUAUCUGCAAUAGACAUCAAGAUCUGGCCAACGAAGUGAUUGGAAAGUUUGCGUCAAGUCGAUUGCUUACGGAAAUUCGGACGCUAACUGGAACUGGAUCGACCACUUUCGAAAAUAUCCUGGGUGGCCUAUGUCGGGGAUGGCUGAACGACACUCAUAUAGACUUCUGCCUGCGAGCAAUUGGAGGUGCUGUAGGCGGUUGCUACGUGAUCUCGUCGCUGAUGUGGGAUUUUGGGUGGCCAUCUACACCUAAAAUACCUAUUGGACAAGUCAACUUUGUCCUCCACGCAGUGCACCUGGACGACAACCAUUGGGGUGUUGUUAUUAUCCACUUGCAAACGACUAAUACGAGUGUACGAGUACAUGUACACAUGUACGAGCCUCUAAUUAGUGAAUGUUACCACAAGAGCAUGGAGAAGGUAUGGGAGGGCAUACCUAAAGAUGAUCAUGACUCUGCAACCGAAGGAAAAGAAGGCCUUCGCGGAUACCUCGACAGGUGGCUCACCGUUUCGAAGCCGAAUUCGGAGAUUGUGAUUGAAAACGUUGAGUGGGUAUUAUCGCCGCGGCAGCCUGAUGGGUCUAGUUGUGGUGUGUUAGUUGUAGCGCAGUGCUACAACUACGUUACCGGUAACAUUACAGAGCAGACCUACGACGUCUCCAAGAACGAUGUCAAAGUAAUGCGCCUUCGCAUUUUGUGGACAAUCCUGCAUAUGUCCAAGGAGAUACCUAUCUCCGACACUGACGCUGCAACUACGACUGAAACUCUACAAAAGCUACAAAAAGAACUCGGGUAA